GACGAUUUAAAUUUGGCAGGGUUAGGCUAUUUUAUGUUUAUUUAAACAUUUUUGAAGAAUUUGAACUUCUCAUAACUAAACAUAAAUUUUUAGUUGCGUUUAACUAACUUUAUUUGAUUCUGUAUACGGAAGCUAUGGCAUUUUCUUUUGGAAAUACUUCACAGUCUGCUUUUGGCAGCACACAGACCAAACCGACUGGAUUCGGCACAACUUUUGGCAGUACUGCUACUACGACAGCAUCAACUGGUUUUGGUUUUGGAUCAUCAUUUGGAGGUGGUACUCAACAACAGACGGGCUUUGGCAGUACUUUUGGACAACCGGCAGCUGGAGCCACGGCUCCUACUUUUGGUACUUCUUUCGGACAGCCAGUCGCCUCAACAGCUUCCACAUUCGGCACUGCUUUUGGAGCACCAGCCUCCUCAGCUGCGACGCCGACAUUUGGUAGUGCGUUCGGCGGUACUGCAGCAACAGGUCAACAGCAGCAAACCAACCUCUUUGGCGCGCAAGCUUCAAAACCUGGUUUGUUUGGCAGUACCUCAACACCAUCGCUUUUCUCAACACCUGGUAGUGGCACCACUACUGGUGGACUCUUUGGUAGCACUACCACUACACAACCUGCAGCGGGGGGACUAUUCGGUGCUUCAACAACAACCACUCCAAGUUUAUUUGGCCAACCAACGUCUACCCCAUCACUCUUUGGUCAACCCACACCCAACACCACAUCAAGUCUCUUUGGAACCAAUUCUGGUACCACGGGAGGUUUUGGUACUGGGCUUUUUGGUAGCUCGAACACCUUCGGAUCUAGCUUCGGUGCAACAACUACAGCAUCUACAGGUUUCGGGGGUUUUGGUACAUCAGCGACUUAUGGUGGAUUAGGUGCUGGAAAUGCUCCUGCAGGUUACUUUGGAAGCACAGGACUUGGAGCAGGCGCAAGGCCUCCGAUUAGACAAGCUGACCUUCUGCAAUCAUUGGCAACUCAAACCAUAGCAUCCGUCUACUCUGUGAACUUGUUCAAUGAUGAAAGGGAUGAUGUCAUCAAGAAGUGGAAUAUGCUGCAAGCGUGCUGGGGUAGCGGGAAUGGCUACUACGCACCAGGUCAGCCUCCAGUAGAAUAUGUGCCUCUAAACCCGUUCUACAGGUUCAAGGCGAUGGGGUAUAAUGUCAUUCCUGAGCACGACAAUUCGGACGGCAUUGUACGGAUCAUUUUUGGGAAGAAGAUCGACGAAUUGAAAAAUCAGCAAGAGGUAUUGAAGAAUGGAAUAGCUGGAAUCCUAGGCAACAAGCCCAAUCUCACAAUCGAAAUAAUCCAGCUGAGGGCCCUUACUGAAUCUCAAACUGAAUUGAAGGUUACCGUCACCGAGAAAGGAGUGACAGGAACCGGUCGCAAGAUACCCGCUACAGACUUGGCUGCGUUCUUUAAUCAACCACAGCAGAAACAGCAGCUGACAAAUGUUGGAGUUACCAGUAUAACGCCUUACGUCACUCCUAGCAAGGCAGAGUUAGAGGAGUAUUUGAAGCAUCCCCCAUCAGGCAUCGAUAAUCAGAUGUGGCUAGCAGCUAUUCAAGACAAUCCGAAUCCUAAGAAAUAUAUUCCGGUGCCAAUAAAUGGCUUUUCGGACCUGAGGUCGCGUAUGCUCCAUCAAGAAUAUCAAACAGGUCUACAUCAAGCCUUCCUGGAUAAAGUAAAUAAGGAUAUAGCGGAUCUUAAAACAAAACAUUCCUCUUCGAUAGCACAAAUCACCGAGUUGAAGCAGAAGUUCCUGGAGAUGCAGCAUCGUAUUCUGAGGGUAUUGGUCAAACAAGAAAGUACAAGAAAACUAGGAAUAGCCAUACAACCUGAAGAAGAAUUGUUACGAGGAAGAUUCGAGAUGAUGCAUACCCAGCUUAACAACCCCAAGCAAUUUAAGGGCCAGUUGAACGAACUUCUGUCCAACGUGAAAAUGAUAGAGGGGAGCCAAAAACAGAUCGCCGUGCAGUACAGAUUAGACACGGAAGCUCAAGAGGAAAUCAAACAGUUGUUAAAAAUGGAACAUAACGGAAUUGCGCAGUUAGUCAACAUUAUCAAGGGUGAUCUGCACGCUCUAAACACCAUCCAGGAAGGAAUGAAACAGAUGGUUCCAAACCAUAGUUGAGUUUAAGAAGUUUUAGUUCAGCUAAUCGUUUGCUCAGUGUUUGAGUUAUUUAAACACAAGAUUAUGUUCUCAAUGUGUUUCAGGCGAGAGUGAACUGGAUGUUAUACUCAAACACUUGAAAUAUGCCUUUGGUUUGUAAUUUUUAUAAGUAAAUUUUGAGUUGUUAAGAAUACAAAUCUCUCCUGAGGGUAAUUCCAUAAGUAAUUAUGUAUUUUUGAAAAAAUAAAUAUGUAAAUGUUUUUAACGUG